UCCGGACCACAUUCCAUUCCUGGGGAAACGUUCUAUUGCUGAUGCUCGAGAUCGGGGCCGUGUUCCAAUACUAUGGGGACCACUGCCGUCUGCAUCUCCCUGCUGUCCGCCUGUUUAGUAAACUGUGCAGAUGGCUCUGAAUUAAAUAAAUGGGCGAAUAAUGGAAUCAACAGUUAUCGCAUUAGCUGGCCUAGGACUGCUGAGAUGAUGGAGGUGUAUUCCAUUUUUUCAAGAGUCCAUUCGGAUCGGAAUGUUUAUCCAUCUUCUGGUGUCCUUUUUGUCCAUGUUUUGGAGAGAGAAUAUUUUAAAGGGGAGUUUCCUCCCUACUCAAUGAAACUUGCUGAUGCUCGAAAUGAUCCUAUAACGUUUAAGACAAAUCUGAAAGGAUAUCCAGACAGACCUGGCUGGCUGCGUUAUAUUCAAAGAACUCCAUACAGUGACGGCGUGCUUUAUGGGUCACCAACCAUUGAGAACGCUGACAAAACGACAGUCAUUGAGAUCACUGCUUAUAAUAGACGAACAUACGAAACAGCAAGGCAUACUUUGAUUGUCAACAUUAUGGCUUCAGAUGAUUACCCUUUGCCCUAUCAAGCGGAGUUCUUUGUGAAAAACAUGAAUGUGGAAGAGAUGUUGGCAAGUGAGGUUAUUGGCGAUUUCCUGGGAGCCGUGAAGAAUGUUUGGCAGCCUGACCGCCUCAAUGCUAUUAACAUCACCUCCGCACUCGACCGUGGUGGACGAGUACCUCUGCCCAUCAAUAAUAUGAAGGAAGGGGUUUAUGUCAUGGUGGGGACAGAUGUGACUUUCUCAUCAUGCCUCCGAGAGGUGGAGACCCCACAAAACCAGCUGAAGUGUAGUCAGGAGAUGGAACCGAGCAUAAGCUGUGACAAGAAAUUUCGGGCCCAGUUUGAUAUUGACUGGUGUAAACUGACUUUGGUUGACAAGUCAAAGAUGCCUUCUGUCAGUAAGGAAGUGAUUCGGGGAGAUGGCGUUCUGCCUGAUGACGGAGAGUAUAAACCACCUUCUAUCAACUUGAAAAGCAAGGAUUAUUACACAGAUUUUGUGAUUACGUUGGCGAUACCAAUAGCUGUUGCUCUGGUCCUGUUUGUUAUCCUUGGUUACAUCAUGUUCUGCCGUCGAGAAGGAGUGCAAAAGAGAGACAUGCAAACACCAGACAUCCAGCUGGUUCAUCAUAGUUCAAUUCAGAAGUCAACUAAGGAGCUUCGGAACAUGUCAAAGAACCGGGAGGCAGCUUGGCCCCUCUCCACUCUUCCGGUGUUUAAUCCAGUAACUGGUGAGAUCAUGCCACCCCUUCACCAUUCAGACAACUGUGACACCUCCAACAUGCCUCUCAUGCAGACACAACAGAAUCACCCUUUACAGACCCAGCUGCCACAGCAACAAGGUGCAGGUAAAUGGCAAACCUGAUGAAGGAAAACUGAAUGAAGCAUUUACCUGAUAUGAUUCCACUUGAAAAAGGUUAUUCUUCUUCUGUACCCUGACCAAAUACAUGUGUUUUCACGAUGUGCUAACGUGCAUGGCAGCGAAACUGGGUACAAAGUGAGCUUGUCAAGUAUUUGAUACCAAUGUUCUAAAUUGCUCCACAUAGUAAAUGUUGUAGUUGCUUUUUGUGCAUAUAAUUCUAUAAGCCGUUAAUUUUAUUUAAUUUUUGCUAGAAAAAGCUAGCCCUUAACUGGGUAAACUGUUAUAGGCAGAAGGAAUUCUGUCAUCUCUUGCCCAUAGUCCAAAACAAUGUUUGCAUCAUGCAAUAAAUACAUUUAUAAAAGACA